CAUCGAUCAAUUAAAUUUGAAUUAUCCUCCCAUUAUCCGAAGCGACAAUUAGGUAGUGAUUCGCUUAUGACCGAGCAUAGAUGGGAAUAUGCCGGUUCAAGAGUUGGAUUCUGGAGUAGCUUCGGAAGAAGAAUUUCAGUCAUUAACUGACAUCACUUGCAACUGCGAACUGUGCCAAGCUCGGUUGUAUGUUUCCGCAAAACACAACCUCGAUGACCGUUGUCCGUGUAUCCUUGAUCAAUCUGAUGGCUUCCACCUGCUUCCCUCAUCUAAAUCAGUCACACCUAGUCCACAGCACUACGGCAUGUCAGCAGUAUAUCCAUGGACAUAUUCAAUGCCAUUUUAUUCCGAAUUGACUCCUUACGGAUGCAAUGGUUUCGGGAAGUGUUGCUGCCCUGUGGGUGGUAAAAUGAACCCGGAUGGCACAUUUCUGGCAACCCCCACUCUUGAAGCAGCCUGCAGACCAAGUGGCCUAGACCUGGAACCCGAUGGUGCUGGUGUGUGUAAUGUGCCCCAGGUUUACAUUUCCAAGGAUUGUGUAUUGCACGUAAGAUUGUCAAACUAUGUUUCGUUUGAACGAUCCGUAUCAGCUUACCGGCUGAUAAACUACCGGAAUAAUUCAGCACUCGCAUUAAACGAAAGUGGAGAGUAUGGUUACGCCUAUCACUAUAACUGUCGCGGUCUAAUCAAUAUGCAUCAUGGAAAGCUUUCGAUUACCUUUGACAAAGAUCGACAGGUUUUGUUAAGGAGUGAAAAACCAAGUUUUGUGAAAAAAGAAAUGGAGUUUUAUCGUCUGACUUCACAUCAUUGGACUGCCUGCCGUCCCGUUUCCAUGGAUACGUUCGACCGAGAUAGAACCCCAGAGAUUCUUAAAAAGGUCGGUGUCGAAAAGUCUGUUGAUGAGGCGAAACUACGAGAACUGGUCAAUUCAUCGAUCAUACACAAGGAGGGAUGCAGUUUGAUGAUAUGCAUAGGUGAGGCAAAAAUUGAACAGAAGGUGAACGGUGACGUGGUGCUGAGCUGGUUCUACGAAGAUCGAGCCAAUUCUCUUAUUGUAUCUCCACUUUCGGGCAGCUUCAGCCUGUCAACAAAGAAUUUGGAAAUCAUGGCCACUCCCAAGGCGGAUAUUUACAUCGCCUUCGCGGAUUUCUUCGUGCAUGUCGGGUAAGUAGUCCCGUGUCUCAUUGUUCACGAUCCAACUGAAGCAAUCCAUUUAUUUUACAGUAGUCAACAAAUGACUGUGAGCAGCGGCGCUGUUGCUGGAAGGCACACUUUCGCGAAGAGUCAUCCUUGCCUACUGAAAUUGAACAGCACCACCGCGGAUAACCAGUCUGUUGACCUCCGUCAGUAUUGCGCAUACACACAACCGUUCGGUCAUGCGGGACAAACGCAAUUGUCCAACACCGGCCAUCAUCGACGUCAUACUCCGAUCAUGACGAGUGUGCACAAUGGUUCGGCGACCAAUCUUGCAGGCAGUUCUCACCACGGCACACCGUCCAUGGGCCAGGCAUCCGCCCACUGCGAGAGUGAAGCCGAUCGCAAGAAUGAGUACACACGUUCUGGGAGCUCAGGAGAGAUACAUAGUGGGUCACUGAAGCAAGAAUAGUAUAAGGUACUCGGUACGUAUUUCAUGGAGGUCCGGAUAGGCCCAAUGCACCAUACACAUUUAUGACCAAUAAGCAAUACUAUCAUUUCACUUAGAGGAUACAAUCGCCAGUGCUAAGAGAUGUCGAAGAGAACACUAUUCGUGACUUGAUUUGCAACGACAGAACGAUGCGUAUGGAACGAAAUAGAUGAAGAGAAAAUAUACUUGAUAUUAAUGAAGCUUCGAUCAAUACGCGGUGGGCGGUUUGAUGCUGGGUGAGGAAAGCUAAGCAGAACAGCAUCAGUCAAAUGUAUCUUCACAUGCGAGCUACUCUUAGUUGAGCAUACUUAUGGGAAACACCUGAACAAGGUUGUCUCUUACUAAGGUGUAGAACAAAUGAGUGAGAAAAUACCGAAUGACAACAAUGUGCGUAUAUGAACACUUAAUGGAGUGGAG